CGAGGCGCAGCCCGGCGCGGGGCCGCGGGCGCGGCGCGGCGCGGGCCAUGGAGAGCGGCGGGGCGCUGAACGGCUCCGCCGCCGCCGCCGGGCGCUUCGCCGCCGCCGGCACCGCGGCGCUGGGCGCGCUCAUGGCGCUGCUGAUCGCCGUCACGGUGGCCGGCAAUGCCCUGGUCAUGCUGGCCUUCGUGGCGGACUCCAGCCUGCGCACCCAGAACAACUUCUUCCUGCUCAACCUGGCCAUCUCGGAUUUCCUAGUAGGUGCCUUCUGCAUCCCCUUGUACGUGCCCUAUGUGCUGACAGGGAGGUGGAUCUUCGGCAGGAGCCUCUGCAAACUCUGGCUGGUAGUUGAUUACCUGCUCUGCACCUCUUCAGUCUUCAACAUCGUACUGAUUAGCUAUGACAGAUUUCUCUCCGUGACAAGAGCGGUCGCCUACAGAGCCCAGCAAGGCAACACCAAGCAAGCAGUGCUGAAGAUGGUGAUGGUUUGGGUAUUAGCAUUCCUGCUCUAUGGACCUGCCAUUAUCAGCUGGGAAUAUAUAUCAGGCCAGAGUAUCAUACCCACCGGGGAAUGCUACGCUGAAUUUUUCUACAACUGGUAUUUUCUCAUGACAGCCUCUACGCUGGAGUUUUUCACCCCUUUCAUCAGUGUAAUGUUUUUCAACCUGAGCAUUUACCUGAACAUACAGAAGCGUACCAAAAUACGCCUGGAUAUUUUCCACAAAGUACACAACCAGUCCUUCACUGAAGAGAUGGAAACGAGCCCAGAAGAAAAGCCGUCUUUGAAAUGCUGUAAGUGGGAGCAGAAGGAGCCAGCUGAAACCCUCAACCUCUCCAAGAGCAAAGCACAACACGCAGCCUCCACUGCCAGCCUGAGCGCAAAAGAUGCACUGACAACAAUCCCAGAGUGCUCCGAAAAACCAAAGUAUUACAACAAAAAGAGCUCUAAAAAUUCAGCAUCUACUCUGUCCUUAGAGAAACGAAUGAAGGUAGUCUCCCAGAGCAUGACUCAACACUUCAGGCUCUCCAGGGACAAGAAAGUGGCCAAAUCACUGGCAAUAAUUGUGGGCAUUUUUGGGAUUUGCUGGGCACCGUACACUCUCCUCAUGAUCAUCCGUGCUGCCUGCCAUGGCCACUGCAUCCCUGAUUACUGGUAUGAGACUUCCUUUUGGCUGCUGUGGAUCAACUCUGCUGUCAACCCUGUCCUAUACCCUCUCUGCCACCACAGCUUCAGAAGAGCUUUUAUUAAACUCCUCUGUCCGAAGAAGCUAAAGAUUCAACCUCACAAUUCCCUUCAGAACUGCUGGAAGUGAACCCAGCCCUGUGUAUGGAUGGGAAGAGCCUCUCUUAAUUCCCUUGUGUACUGUAGUUUGCUUCCUUGGAAGAAUCUGGGGGCACUGGUCAGGGGGAUGUGAGGAAGGCAGCAGUGAGAUCGGUAUUAAUUUCUUCCAGUCCAUCAACAACAAAAACAUGCAGAAUGGAGGGGUAAGUUUUUUACAUUAACCACGCUCCCAAAAUCUGCGCCUUCUACCACAAGAUGCCAUAAAAGAGCUCUGCUGCCACCUAGUCAGCCAGAGUGGCACCAGCAUUUUGUUAAAACAAACAAAAAUAAAAAAAAUAAAACUAAAAUACAAAUAUCUAAUCUAAAAACAUUGGACUGCUUUCAAACCAGAUUAUUUUUGUGAAUGAGAGGCUUUUUUUUCUUACACUUAUAACAUUAUGCAUAUGCUAUGAUGCAGAAUUUCAAACUUUUCUUCAGGAAAAAAACCACCUCAUUUGUCAUUAUUGCUACUACAACUAUAGCCAUAAUCUAGAUCCCCAUUGCAGAUGGUGCAAUAGGUAUUUGCCCCAAAAGGGGCAAAUCUCUGCCCCAAGGAGUUUACAGCCAGACUUAGGAGACCCCAACAUCCUCAAGCACCCUGUUGCCAUUUCCUGAUCCUUGCUUCAAAACCAAUAAAAUUUCCUUUGCAGACAGCCACGCACCAGCCCACGUCCCCACCUCCAUGACAACAAUUCCUUCUGCUCCUUGCCAAUGGUUUCUGUCUCUUCUUCUGUGUAUUCCUAUCAAUCUUGCCCCCUUUGGAAGCUUACCCCUCUUCUCUCUAGCAUCCUUCCUCAAGCAUGGUCCCGUGUCCCACAAUGGACUUGUCUGCCUUUCCCCAUUUAGACUGUCAGCUGUUUGACUGGCUUUGCAAUGUAUUAAAGGGAUGGAGAAGAGCAAGGGAAUGAGAGUGACUUUCAGGCUGCAGAUGCCCAGCAAGAGCAAGUGUAGUCACCGGUCCUCACAGAUGCUGGGAGUCCUGCCAAACUGCAAGAACAGGGCUCCUGUACCUGCGUGGAAGGUGUCAGCUUCUCCGUGUAGUCUCUCUUCUGAUAACCCAGGGGUGUCUUUAAAUAUCUCCUGCAAGAUCUUAAAAAUUCUCUUUUGGCAAUGUGUUGUAGAAUAAUAGCCAGUAGGAGAAGUGAAGUUCGCGUUCUGCUUUUCAAGUUAGUUCCAGACCUCUUAAUUUUAGCAAGCUCCAAAUCUCUUGCACGCUUCCUUUGGAAAACAUAUUUUGAACAGAGACCCUAAUCUAGCUCAUCCAAGUAACAUAGGCAUCAAAUCCUUUUUCUUUUCAGCAGUCAACUAGUUUCACAUAUACAAUACCGGAUUCAAGAGACCAGGGCUCUAUCUCACUCAGUCUUAAUGUGAGACCUUGGGAAUUUUGUCUCUGCUUCCCAUCUCACACUUCAUACUUGCCUAUUUAGUCUAUAAUCUCUGUGGGAACAGAGGUAGUACAAACAUAAAGCAAAAGACUGUAACUCCCAAUCUCUGUUAGCACUGUUCAGUGCUAUUGUAAUAUAAAUACAUAAUUAGUUGCCAUGGCAAAAGCUCAUAUCUAACAGUAACGUACAGGGGAGCUCAAAAUCAUAUGUCUGAAAACUACAGAUAGAAACCCAAAUAUUGUAAAGUAGUCCCCAAAAGCUUAUGAUGUUGUGAUUGCCAAUUACAUUUAGCUGUUGUAAACAGUUUCUUGGCUGUUGGUAGGAAUAAAAGAAACAAUACUAUUGAACUUUAUUUCAGCGAUACUUGUUGAGUAGAUCAAUAUUGUCAUAUGAAGUCAAGUUCUUGCCUUGUUUGGUGUAUAUGAUAUUUCAGUCUUGUAACAUGCUCAGUCAGACCAUUAUGUACGAGUCAAAACAUAUCCUUUGAAAUAAGCAUACUAAGAAUAGCUAGUAUGCACGUUGUUGAGCUCGCUUGUACCUUUCCUUGUGUCUACCAGCCUCUGAGAACCUCAAUAAAGUAUUUUUAUACAAA